AUGCUCAAAAGCCUCACAUAUGGCGAGCUAGAGCAGUGGUGCAUGUCUGUAGGGGAGAGGCCACAGAGGGCGAGGCAGCUGUGGAGGUGGAUGUACUAUGAUGGCAACUGGGUGCGUAGCUUGGAUGACACCGCUGACAUGCAGGACGGCCUGAGUGCCUCCUUCAGGGAGCAGUGGCGGGAGAAGAUCACAGUGGACGGCGAUUUGAGCCUUCGGAGUGUGCACACUGCGGCUGACGGCACACGUAAAAUGGUAUUCGACCUCCAGGACUCCACGGAGGCGGCAGGCGCGGGCGUGGAGGCGGUGAUAAUCCCGGUGGAGCGGCCGGGCGCGUCACGGCCGCGCACGACGCUGUGCGUGUCCUCACAGGUCGGCUGCGCGCAGAACUGCCAGUUCUGCUUCACCGGCCGCAUGGGCCUCCGAGCGCAGCUGUCCGCCGCCCAGAUUGUGGAACAGGUGGUGGAGGCGCGCCGGCAUGUUGCGGAUCACAAUCAGCGGGUGGCAGCGGGAGAAUGCUCGGGCGCUGCGCCGAUUGCACCCAUCAGCAACAUUGUUUUCAUGGGCAUGGGAGAGCCGCUGCACAAUGCAGAGGCGGUGAUCACAGCGCUGGAGGUGCUCUGCCACCCGCAGGGCUUGCAAUUCUCUCCCAACAAAGUGACUGUGUCCACGGUGGGCCUGGUGCCGCAGAUGCGCCAGCUGGCGCUGACAUCAGCGGUCCAGCUGGCAGUCUCCCUGCACGCCACCACCGACGAAGUGCGCAAUUGGAUCGUGCCCCUGAAUCGCAGAUACCCGCUGGCGGUGCUGAUGGGGGCGCUGGAGGAGCUGUAUCCCAGGAACGCCGAGCUACGGCCACGGGCAGGGCGCCACGUCCUAUUUGAGUAUGUGAUGCUGCGCGGGGUGAAUGACACGCUCGAGGAUGCAGAGCGCCUGGUCAGGCUCACGGCCGCCAUCGAGUGCAAGGUCAACCUUAUCCUGUUCAACCCCCACGCCGGCACGCCCUUCCGCGCAUCCACACAGGAACAGGUACUGGAAUUCCAAGCGGUGCUCAAGGCGGCUGGGCUUGUGUGCACAGUGCGGGACAGCAGGGGUGAUGAUGAGAUGGCUGCCUGUGGGCAGCUGGGCAAUAUUGAUGAGCUGAAUCGGCUCGCUCCCAUGCUCAAGCCGCCCCAGCAGUUCAGAGACGCUCUUGUAGCUGCUUGA